UCAAAGCGUCCAGCAGAAUGAUUUGAAGGACAAUUUUCUUGCUCGCCUUGGACAACCACGUCCUUCAAGGUUGCAACGGACAGCCCAGGGUCCAUAAUGCAGGUAGCUCCGGGAGCAGAACGCGACCUGCCCGCCUCUAACCACACCGGGAACCAGCCCCGGGACUGUUUCUCGACGACACCCAGCCUGACUGGAAGCUUGAUUACUUCCGCCAACCAAACCGAUGCCCUCAGCAGAGACGAAGACCUGGCCAAAAUCGAGGUCUUGGUACUGGGCAUCAUUUUCUUGGUGGCCGUCCUUGGGAACUCGGCCGUUCUGUUGGCCCUGCACCAGACCAAGAGGAAGAUGUCGCGGAUGCACCUCUUCAUCCGGCACCUCAGCAUGGCCGACCUGGUGGUCGCCCUGUUCCAAGUGUUGCCCCAGCUCAUUUGGGACAUCACAUACAGGUUCAAAGGUCCCGAUUUCCUCUGCCGAAUAAUAAAACAUCUCCAGCUGUUCGGCAUGUACGCCUCCACUUACAUGAUGGUUAUGAUGUCAAUAGACCGCUACAUCGCUAUCUGCCACCCUCUGAAGACCCUCCAGCAACCUACCAAGAGGUCCCACCUGAUGAUUGUCGCCACUUGGGUGGGUAGCCUUAUUCUGAGCGUCCCUCAAUACUUCAUCUUCUCUUUGAGCGAGGUUGAGGGGGGCUCCGGUGUCUACGACUGCUGGGCGAGAUUCGUCCCGCACUGGGGAAUUAAGACCUACAUCACCUGGAUCGCCAUCACUGUCUUCAUCAUCCCCGUAUUCGUCAUGAUCGCCUGCUAUUCCUGCAUUUGCUGCGGCAUCUUCAGAAACAGCAAAUAUAAGACCAAGAAUGCCGAGGCUGGGAGCUCGUUUGAGAAUGGCCUAAUCACCGUCGGCGCCAGCAACAUGAAAACCAUCUCCAAAGCCAAGGUUCGCACGGUGAAAAUGACCUUGGUAAUUGUUUUGGCUUACAUUCUGUGCUGGGCACCCUUCAUCGGCGUCCAGAUGUGGUCGGUCUGGGAUCACAACGCUCCGACAGAUGAUUCUACGGACGCAGUAUUCGCCAUCACCACGCUGCUUGCUAGUCUGAACAGUUGCUGUAAUCCGUGGAUCUACAUGUUCUUCAGCGGCCACCUCCUGAGCGACGUGGUACUUUUUCUGCCCUGCUGCCGCAAGGUCAGCCAGACAUUGGAGGAUUCGGAGAGCAGCAUCAAGCAGCACACCCUGCUCGCCAAGAUAAAUAUUCAGAAAAUCAAGGAUUUGAAGGUUAUGAGGAACAGGCACAGAAGAGGAGUUGAGGCCAGUAUAGAUCAGCCACGAUCGUUCUGAAUGGCGGGGCAGGCUUGAGGGGUCUGACUGCCUACCCCUGAACCUGUGCUCUUGUGUUCUGAUGCACUGAGUUAUAUUUCAAUGAUUGUUGACACAAAGAAUCUAAGAACUCUGAUAUGUCAUUAAUUCAUAAUUUUAAGGUGAUUAGAGGAGAGUAGACAGAGGAUGCAAAAGGCAAGUUUUUUUAAUGCAGAGAAUAGUAGGUGCAUGGAACAUGCUACUUGGGGUGAUGGUGGAUGCAGAUACAUUAGGGACAUUUAAGAAACUCUUUAAUAAGCACAUGGAUGAUAGAAAAAUGGAGGGUUAUGUGGGAGGGAAGGGUUACAUUGAUCUUAGAGUAGAUUAAAAGGACUGCACAAUGGCGUGGACCGAAGCACAACCUAUAAUAGUUUUGUUAAGUGACAGCUAGUGAAAUGGCAGAUAAAGCACUUAGGUUAAAAUAUUAGAUCCAGUUAAUCUAAAGUCUUAAAUUUAAAAUGAUCUCAUGUUUACAUAAUCUUCAAUAAUGCCCCAUAUUAGCUUUAGCACCCUCAUUUGAAAUGGCACGUUAUAACUCUCAGGGCUUAAUAUUGAGUUCAAAGGUCACAAGUAAGCACCCCUUUUUCCUUAUAGAGGUAGCCAUCACUUUUCCAAAUCUGAUGAGGUGUUCCUGACUUGAAAUAUACACUUUCUUUCUCUCUUGACCAAUACCUGAUCUGUGAGUGCCUCCGGCUUUCUGUAUUCAAUAUUUACAGGCUGUUUCUCCCCCCCAGAUCUUAUUGUUUUUUAAAGUGCUAUGACUGACCAAAGAAGUACGUUACAUUUUAGCACAACUUCUCCAGGACUUAACACAUUGAUAUUCCUGAUAUUCCUGACAUUCCCCUAUACUUUCCUCCAAUCCCCUUAAAACAUACUCCCUCAAAUUAUCCAUUUCCACCUCGGAAAAACCAACUGCUGUCCACUCGAUCAAUGCCUCUUAUCAUCUUAUACACCUCAAAUUGUGAUUCAAUUAGUAGGGAUGCUGGUAGAUGCUUAUUUAUAUACUGUAUACAUAUUAGUUUUGGGCAGAAAUGGCUAAUACGAGGGGGCAUAAUUUUAAGGUGAUUGGCGAAAGAUAUAUGGGGAUGUCAGAGGUAGAUUUUUAUCGAGAGAAUGGUGGGUGUGUGCAACACCCUGCAGUGGUGGUGGUAGAGGCGGAUACAUUAGGGAUAUUUAAGCGACUCUUCGAUAGGCAGAUGGAUGAAAGGGAAGUGGAGGGCUAUGUGGGAGGGAAGGGUUAAAUUGAUCUUGUCGGCACCAACGUUGUGUAUCAAAGGGCCUGUACUGUGCUGUAGUGUUCUAUGUUGUACUUUCUAAUUUAUGGGAUGAGAUGAGAAUUUUGCUGGCAAGGUCAGCAGAUAAGGUGCUGAUGGGCCACUGUAACUGCUGCAGUCACUCCCACAGUGAUCUCAGGGAGGAGGGUUCAAGGUUAGAGACCCAAUGACAAAGAAGAAGGUCCAUGGCCCCGUGUGACAGCUGUACUUGUUCCUGCUGCCAGCGGAAUGAAAGGGAUUGGAAAGUGCAAUCACAGUUGGCUUGGUGAGCAAUUGUGGUUGGUUUAUAACUGAGCCACUGUGAACAAUGUGCCAGUGGUGGAAAUUUUUCGGCUUGUGGAUGGUCUACCAGUCAAGUGAGUUGCUUUGCCUUCUUCACUGUGAUUGGAGCUAACCUUAUCUAGAUAAGUGGAUAACAUUCUAUCACAUCUGAUUUAUGCCUGAUGGUGGGGUUGAGCUACCCAGUGGAGACUGGUAUUCAUAGUUUGGAAGGGCUAUGAGUGUCAUUCAGAGUAAGUUACUGUAGACUUGGGGAAGAGGCCCCUUGUCUCUCACAUUGGCUGUGAUACACGUGAUGGACAUGUGAAAGACAAAAAGGGACAAUUUUAAUAAUGUACAACUUAAGAAAACCCACGUACAUGUGAGUUUUCAAUAAAUACCAUAAAUCUGCAUAGGAACCAGUUGAACCUCAGCUUCCUUAAAAUAGCAGAUUACUUUCAGUAAUAAAGUAAGAAGGAGUUGGCCACUUUAUAUUCUUGAAUCAAACAUUUUUAACAAUUAUAUUCAAUCUCUUUGUGGAAUGCACAGUAGCUUCUUAAUGUAUCUCUUUUGCUUAGAUUUAUAUCUUUCCUCUCCUAUCUAUCUUGCCCCCACAACAAUGCUCACCUUACAUCUAAACUUGAAAAUGCAUUCUGUUAAUGAUUUUUAAGCUCUGUUUAUCCACCUGAACAUUGAUAAUAGAGUUGCAGUCUGAGCAGUAUUAAUUUUGGAGUCAUAUUUCUCCUGCUUCAGAAAAUUUUUAAUAAUCAUAGCUAAAAAAGUCUCUUACUAAUUUAUGUGGUGUUACCCAACAUAGAAUAAGAUGCAUAUAAUUCUGUACACACACAAAAUGAUGGAAAUACGAUGUUAUGUUGAUGUUGUAUAAGACGUUGGGGAGGCCUUAUUUGGAGUAUUGUGUGCAGUUUUGGUCAUCUACCUACAGGGAAGAUGUAAACAAGGUUGAAAGAGUGCAGAGAAAAUUUACAAGGAUGUUGCUGGGUCAGGAGCACCUGAUUAUAGGGAAAGAUUGGAUAGGUCAGGACUGUAUUCUUUAGAACAUAGAAGGUUGAGGGGAGAUUUGAUAAAGGUAUACAAAAUUAUGAGGGGUAUAGACUGGGUAAAUGCAAGCAGACUUUUCCACUGAGGUUGGGUGGAAUUACAACCAGAGGUCAUGGGUUAAGGGUGAAAGGUGAAAAGUUUAAGGGGAACUUGAGGGGAAAUUUCUUCACUCAGAGAGUAGUGAGAGUGUGGAGUGAGCUGCCAGCACAAGUGGUGCAUGUGAGCUCGAUUUCAACGUUUAAAAGAAGUUUUGGAUAGAUACAUGGGUGGGAGUGGUAUGGAGGGCUAUGGUCCCAGUGUAGGUCGAUGGGGCUAGGCAGAUUAAAUGGUUCUGGCAUGGACUAGAUGGGCUGAAGGGCCUGUUUCUGUGCUGUACUUCUCUGACCCUAUAACUCAGCAUAUUAGGCAGCACCAAUGGAGAUGAAUAAAGCCGAUGUUUUGGACGGAGACCCUUCAUCAGAAUCCCUUGUGUUUAUAAUUCUUUACAUAUACAGGGUGGUACAGUAGUGUAGUCUUCAGCAGUAGCCACCCAGGUUCAAUUCCUACUGCCCUCUGUAAGGAGUUUGUACAUUCCCUCCAUGGCUGUGUGGCUUUCCUCGAGGUACCCUGGUUUCCCCCCCAUAUUCCAAAGAGGUACGGGUUGCUAGGUUAACUGAUUACAUGGGUGUAAUUGUGGGGGGGAGGUGUGGGCUCAUUGAGCUGGAAAGACCUGUAACUAUGUUGUAUCUCUAAAGAAAUACCUGUACACUAGCAUUAUUUUAAAAUGCUGGAAAUCAUGAAACAGUUACUGUAGCUCAUAUAGAUAUAAAUAUGGUCUGUUUGCAAAUGUUGUGAUCAAUGUGGAUACCUUCAUGUCAAUAUCAAAUAGCAUAGUGCAUUUAUCUACCGAGACACAAGGGAGACGCUGAAAAUCUAUGUAUGAGGUUCUUAAGAUUAUUUGACCUAAUUUCUGGAGAGAUUGCCAAUAUAGAACUAUUGCAUUCAACUCAGAAAAAAAUCUGGAAGCAUACUUGCAUCUCAAUAGUUGCUCCUGUAAGCAAAGUCUGGAAGCACUUGGAGAAAUACUUAAAGAGAUGGGAAAAUACACAGCUAUGGGAAAAGAGCAAAGGGGACGCGAUUAAUCUGUAGGCUCAACCAAAGAUCUGACGUGCUGAGGUGAAGUUGUACAGUAGCCACCUUCUCAGUUGGUUGGAGGUGACAACACUAUUCAUUUUACCAAUGUGUAUCUACUUAAGUAAAUUAUGGAAUGUUUUAUAGGUUUCUUGUCACAGAUGGAGUGAUACAGAGUGAUAAAGAAAACAACCUCGCCAGGGGUUCCCAACUUGUUUAAUGCCAUGGACCAAUACCAUUAAGCAGGGGGUCCAUGGACCUCAGAUUGUGAACUCCUGACAUAACUAUUCCCAACUUUUGUAAUAACGGAAAAGUUUUCCAGUGCUCAUAUAUUUCCUCUGGACCCUCUCCAGUGCAGUUACAGUAGUGCAGCAGUUAGAGUAGCUCCAUCAUAGUACCAGUGACCUAGGUUCAAUUCCCACCACUGUCUGUAAAUACUUUGUAUGUUUUCCCUGUGACCAAGUGAGUCUCCUCUGGGUGCUCCAGUUUUCUCCCACAUUCCAAAACAUAUGGGGUAGCAUGUUAAUUGGUCACAUGAAUGUAAUUGGGCAGUGCUGGCUCAUUGAUCGGAAUGGCAUGUUACUGUGCUGUAUCUCUAAAUAAAAAAACAAUAAAUAAAUAAAAUCUUUCCUGAGAUGUGAUGAACCAAACUCUACACAGAACUCAAGCUAUGGUCUAACCAACAUUCCUUCUGACUUUUUUUACAGCUGCAUGGACCAACCACUGCUCUGAGCAGGGUAUUUUUACAAUGUGCGGAAAAUUUUUGUACCAGCCUGCGAACAGAUUUAACUUGUCUCUCACAUAUAGAUCUAAAUCAUAAUUAUAUACAACAAAAAGGGGUGGUGGGGUGGAGAUAUGUCUCUACCAAAGGAGGUGUAAGGCGCUACUUCCCUCUGCUAGUCUGCAGGUCACCCUUGGGCAAGGUGUAGCACUUGCUUAGCCCCCCCCCCCCGAUCAGUCACGCGAAGCCAUGGGAGCAGGUGGUGGAUGGUCAUAUGAGCAGUUGGUGCAGAUCACAAGCCCUGGUUAUGCAACCACUGACACAGGCAGGCAAUCUCUAAAGAGUAUUGAUAAUAACUGGGGUCACCUAUCUUGCAAAGACUCUGCCCAGAAGAAGGCAAUGGCAAACCACUUCAGUAGAAAAAUUUGCCAAGAACAAUCAUGGUCAUGGAACGUCCAUGAUCACCCAUGUCAUAUGAUACGGCACAUGACAAAUAAACAAUUCAACAACAAGUAAGGGAUCAGGUGAUGACCUUUGUAGAAUUCCACUGAUCACUGAUUUCCAGUAAGGAAAAAAAGCACACUUUGGCCACGCUACCAGACAGAAUCCUGUCAAAAGGCUUGUUAAAAUCCAUGUAGACUACAUAAAAUACAUGUACACUACCCUCAUUGACCCUCUUUGUUACCUCCUGAAAGAUAAGCCAUUCAAUUUAGUCAGAGACUAGCUUCUCUAUAAAGCACUGGUGAGGCGUCACUUGCAGUAUCGUGAGGAGGUCUGGCUCCUUAGAAAGGAGGGUUCAAAGGAGGUUCAUGAAAAUGAUUCCAGGAUUGAACGGCUUGUCAUAUGAAGAGCAUUUGAUGGCUCUGGGCCUGUACAUUUCAGGAGAAUGAGGGGUGACCUCAUUGAAACUUAUCAAAUAGUGAAAGGCAUGUUUCCUCUGGUGGGAGAGUCUAAGACCAGAGGACACAGCCUCAGAAUAGAGGGGCGUCCUUUUAGAAUGGAGAUGAGGAGGCAUUUCUUUAGCCAGAGGGUGUGAAUCUGUGGAAUUCUUUGCCACAGGCAGCUGUGGAGGCCAAGACUUUAUGUAUUUUUAAGGCAGAGGUUGAUAGAUUCUUGAUUGGUCAGGGCAUGAAGGGAUAUGGGGAGAAGGUAGGAGGUUGGGGCUGAGAGGAAAAUCGGAUCAGCCAUGAUGAAAUGAUGGAGGAGACUUGAUGGGCCAAAUGGCCUAAUUCUGCUCCUAUAUCUUAUGGUCUUAUGGUCCUCACAAAUUAUUUUACUUAUUUAUUUAGAGAUACUCAUAGUAACAGGCCCUCCCAUCCCAACAAACCCGUGCCACCCAGUUACACCCAUGUGACCAAUUAACUUAUUAAACUGUACUUCUUUGGAAUGUGGGAGGAAACGGUUCAUGAGAACAACAUGCAGAUUCCACACAGACAGCAGUGGGAAUUGAACCUGGGUCACUGGUGCCUGAAUAGCAUUAUGCUAACCACUGCACUACUAUACUACACUACACACUACUAUACUACACUACACACUACUAUACUACACUGCACACUACUAUACUACACUGCACACUACUAUACUACACUACACACUACUAUACUACACUGCACACUACUAUACUACACUACACACUACUAUACUACACUGCACACUACUAUACUACACUACACACUACUAUACUACACUACACACUACUAUACUACACUGCACACUACUAUACUACAGUGUUAUCACCUUGGUCCCUCAUAGACUGAGUUAUCUUCUUUCUCUUCAUGGACAAGGCAUCUUUGGAUUUACUUUUUCUUUACUUGUUCAUGUUUUUUUUCCAUAUCAUAUCGUCUUCUUGUUUCGCUUUUAAUUUCACUCCUCUAUUUUCUGUGCUGAUCCAGACCUUCUCUUACAUUAAGCUGGAGAUACCUAGUAUUUGCUUCCAGCUUUUACUUUACUCUACCCUCUUUGUACCUUCUCUUUCAAGGGGUUCUUUAUAGGAACAAGUUUAGUCUAAACUCUGAAAUUCCUUGUUAAAUUUCUCCCAUUGAUUUAAGUACUUAUUUCCAGUCCACUCUUCAGUCCGUUUCACCCAGUUGAGAAUCUUCGCUCCUUUUGUUAAAAAUCUUUUUCCUUUAUUCAACAUUGAUGAGUCUAACUGUGCAAAACUAAAACCAGGAUUUGCUUCCCCCCGUUCCACUUGCUGCAUACUAGAUAAAAAAAGUUCUCCAAAAUAAAAAUUAAGCCCUCUAUACCCUGAACAUCAACAGUAAAUCCUGAUGCUUUUCUGGGAUUUUGAUGUACAGAGGGAUCCUGGAGCGCUAAUCAAUAGCUCCCUGAAGACGGAAACAUGAGAUAGAGUGAUAAAAAGGCCUAGAGCAUGGCUGCAGUCAUCAGUUUAAAUGCUGAGUAUGAAGGUCAGAAAGUUGUGUUGCAGCUGUAUGAAACUGUGAUUAAGAUUUUAGGUCACAUUCGGAGUAUUACAGACAGUUUUAGUAACCGGAUUCCAGAAAGGAUGAGGAGGCCUCGGAAAGGGUGAAGAUGUUCACCAGGAUUUUGCUUGAAAUAGAGAGCAUUAACCACAGAGAGAGGUUGGACAAACUUGGAUUGGUUUCCCUGGAACGUUGGAGGCAGUAGGGGUGUAUAAAAUAUCAUAAGGGGCAUAAAUAGGAUGGAUAGAGUCUUUUUCCCAGGGUGGAAAUGUCAAAUACUAGAGGGCAAAGCUUUAAAGCAAAAAGUUUAAAGGAGAUGUAAGACCACAAGUCAUAGGAGCAGGAUUAGGCCAUUCAGCCCAUUGAGCUGAUCCUGGAUCCCAUGCAACCCCAUACAUCUGCCUUCUCACCAUUUUCUUUGAUGCCCUCACCGAUCAGGAAAUGAUCGACUUCCACCUUAAAUAUACCCACACACUUGGCCUCCACUGCAGUCUGUGGCAGAACAUUCCACAGAUUUACUACUCUCUGGCUAAAAAAAUUCCUCCUUACUGCUGUGCUAAAGGGUCACGACUCAAUUUUCAGGCUGUGCCCUCUAGUUCUGGAUACCUCCACCAUAGGAUAUAUCCUCACAUAUUCACCCUAUCUAGUCCUUUCAACAUCUGGUAGGUUUCAAUGAGAUCCCCCCCACAUUCUUCUAAAUUCCAGUGAGUACAGGCCCAAAGUUGCCAAAUGCUGCUCAUGUGUUAGCCCCUUCAUUCCCGGAAUGAUCCUCGUGAACCUCCUCCGGACUCUUUCCAAUUACAACAUAUCCUUUCUGAGAUAUGGGGCCCAAAACUGUAAUUACACGGAUAAAGACAUUAAUAGCAGUCCAAUAAACUGAACUGAUCUCAAUAUUGGAUAUGCAGAAAUGACAACAAGCCAAGAAGAAAAGUUAAAAAUAAAAGCUAUUUUACAGUGAUAUUAACUGUGCCUUACUCUCUUGACAGUCCAUUAUAAUUCCAAAUCCAUUGACACUCCACUCGCUGAGGGUUGAGAUUUCUGUUAUGUGAUGGAACCUGCAUAAACAUUUCAUAGAACAUAGAAGAGUACAGCACACGAACAGGCCAUUCAGCCCACAAUGUUGUGCCAAACCAGCUAAAACACCCAACCACUAACCCUCCUACCUACACCAUGUCCCUAGCCCUCCCAUAGAACCAGAAUUGAAGAUCAGUUUAAAAGUAGCACAUUGGCAGCCAAGUAGAGAAAAAAAAACGUACAUUUUAACGUGCAGAGUCUCAGUAGUUGUUUACUGACAGAACAUUGGAGGAAAGGCAUAAAGAGAUAGAAAUUUAAAUUUCCUGUCAAAAUUAAGGCAGGGAAUUGACUGAACCACACGGAGCUCAUCACUAAAUACUGUAUAGUUAAAUUGCAAAUGUAAAUGUUAAUGUGGGCAUCCUCCAAAUGGCUCCUUUUUAUCAUUUAUUUUAUAGGGUGUUGGAUUGGGCUGUAGUAUUUUUAUUUUUCUUGUAGUUUAACUUUCCUCAGCUUGCUUGUAUUUUUAUGUAAUCACCUAUAUACAUGUAAUUGUUCAGCAAAUUUUCAAGUAGUUCAGGUACAGCUGCACCUGUAUUUUUCGAGAAGCUUCUUCAUUUUCAGUGGUAGCUGUCAGACCUACUUGAAUCCAGCUAUUUUGUAAGUUUAGUCUGAGUAAGAGAUAACCACAACUGCUUUUUCCUUUAUCUUUGCUUUGUCCCCUUGGCUCGUCUUUCUUUGUUCCUGUAAUACUUAA